AAGCUUUAGGUGUCCUUUAACUAGCCCCCGCUGUUGCAGGCCUGCAGCUUGCAGGACAACUGAAUUCAAAUCAUUAGCGUGACAUUUCUGGGCUCCAGUGGCUCCCCUUUGUGGAGAUAUUGUAAAGGACACCUUUCUUUGACCUUCGUCAGGAACCACCAAGGAAAUAUAUCCGCCAAACGUGUUGAUCUACUCGACCUGCGUUUUUUUCUUCCUCGCAUUGUCUUCAAGUAUCAUUCGAGAAACUUGUCGCCUGUCAUGCGGAUCAACGCAGCCUCUGUCUUCUAUGCUUCGGCUCUCCUUGCCAGCUCCUCACUGGCACAGGAAGAUGCUGAGCCAUCCUCCACCGUCGCCGAGCGUCCCACCUUCACACCCACCAGCCUCAAGGCUCCCUUCUUAGAACAGUUCACCGACGACUGGGAUUCGCGAUGGACUCCCUCCCACGCGAAGAAGGAAGACUCCAAGAGCGAUGAAGACUGGGCCUAUGUUGGUGAAUGGUCCGUGGAAGAGCCCACCGUCCUGCCCGGUAUCGUUGGCGACAAGGGACUGGUCGUCAAAAACGCAGCUGCCCAUCAUGCCAUCUCCGCCAAAUUCCCUGCUCCCAUUGACAACACAGACAAGACAUUGGUAAUCCAAUAUGAAGUCAAACUCCAAAAGGGUCUGGAGUGCGGUGGUGCAUACAUGAAGCUGUUGCAAGAGAACAAGGAACUACACGCUGAGGAAUUUUCAAAUGCCUCCCCAUACGUGAUCAUGUUUGGCCCCGACAAGUGCGGUUCCACGAACAAGGUCCACUUCAUCUUCAAGCACAAGAACCCAAAGACCGGCGAGUAUGAAGAGAAGCAUCUCAAGACCCCUCCUCAAGCCAAGAACGACAAGCUCACCCACCUCUACACCCUCAUUGUCAAGCCUGACCAGACCUUCGAGAUGUUGAUUGACAACAAGUCUCUUAAGAAUGGUAGCCUUCUCGAGGAUUUUGCCCCAUCGAUCAACCCAGCCAAGGAGAUCGAUGACGAAGAUGACAAGAAGCCUGAAGAUUGGGUCGAGCUUGCCCGCAUCCCAGAUCCAGAAGCUACCAAGCCCGAAGAUUGGGAUGAGGAUCAGCCAUAUGAGAUCGUCGAUGAGGAAGCUGAGAAGCCCGAAGACUGGCUGGAGGACGAACCAUCAACCAUCCCUGACCCAGAGGCCGAGAAGCCAGAAGACUGGGAUGACGAAGAGGAUGGUGACUGGAUCUCUCCUCAAGUCCCCAACCCCAAGUGUGAAGAGGCAUCUGGCUGCGGCAAAUGGGAGCCUCCUAUGACAAAGAAUCCUCUCUACGCGGGCAAGUGGACAGCGCCAUACAUCGAUAACCCAGACUACAAGGGACCAUGGGCUCCUCGCAAGAUUCCCAACCCGAACUACUACGAGGACAAGACCCCAGCGAACUUUGAGCCUUUUGGAGCCAUUGGUUUCGAGAUCUGGACCAUGCAAGCCGACCUCACCUUCGACAACAUUUACAUCGGCCACUCCAUCGAGGACGCGGCAGCUUUCCGUGCCGAGACCUACGACGUUAAGAAAGCGGUCGAAGAAGCCGAGGACGCAAAGAACAAGCCCAAGCUUGCAGAUAUUCCCAAGUCUCCCUCUGACCUCAAGUUCUUGGACGACCCUGUCACCUACGUCAAGGAGAAGCUCGACCUGUUCAUCACCUUGGCCAAAAAAGACCCCGUCGAGGCCAUCAAGUUCAUGCCCGAGGUUGCAGGCGGUAUUGGCGGUGCUGUUGCUUUGCUUUUCGCCAUCCUCUUCGGUCUCUUCGGUGGUGCGGCGGCCAGCCAAGCUCCCAGCAAGGAAGACAUCAAGAAGACUGCCCAGAAGGCCAAAGAUGCUGCAGUGGACGCCAAGGACCAGGCGGUCGACGCUGCCGCAACUGGUGCACAAGCUGUCCAGGCUGAAGUCAACAAGAGAACUACUCGUUCAAGCGCCGCCGCGGAGCUUUCCGAGUAAAGGACGCUGAAGAUGUGAGCACCGAAGUUGUGCAACAGUGGUCGACGCCUGAUUUGUGGUAGCCGCAGACGAUCCAAAGGCGAACUUGACCAAUGGUGAAGUAUUGUUUGAAAUCGAAGCACCAAAACUGGCGUUGGGAAAAGACCUUUCUCUACCGGCCAGGGUAAUCGCAUAUCAGAUGCCAUCACGCGUGUGCCCGCUUUGAAGCAGGCACGGCGAUGAUGACGGGAUCGUGCACAAGGAAAAGGACUAUGAUGAGCUUAUGUAGCGCUGUAGCACCAGAUACCAAAAGAAUUCGGGUUUUCACAGUCUGCUUGCUCAUAUAAAUCCUUUACUGAAUACUGUCAAAACUACAGGUAGUUCCAGGCCUAUUUGACAAUUUUCCCGCCAGUUGCUAUAACAUCGUGCGAUUUUGUUCAUCAGCGAAAAAGUAGACCACAGCUCGGCC